UCAGGAUUCUGCAACUUCCACGUUGAAGAAUUCAGCAGCUCCCAGCUACGUCCCACCUGUCACUCCUCAUGCAACUGUUCGCUUGAUGGAACAACCCAAUGGGAACAUUAAGGUUAAGCGAAAAUCAACCGAUAGCUUCGGUUUGGUCGGGUCGGACCACACCGAACCAGCAACUCCAUAUCCUGCGGCGGAUAAACGGGAUGAGAUCGGUAACGAACCUCUGGCGUCGCCUGCCGCUAUCCCGGACCAUCCUUCAUCUGCCCAGGUGACAAGGAAACCAGCACUAAAGCCGAAACCUGUGUUCCCACCCCUAGUUCCACCACAUGGUGGAGUUACUAAAAAGCCUAUGGAACCAUCAUCCCAGGUUCCCCCGGCUCCAGUACCGCCAGAUCACCAUUAUCCGAAGGUAAGCUCGAAGGCCCCGACUAGUGCUACACGCCGGCGCCACGGUUCACAGCGCAUCACGGAUACUCAAGUAUAUGAACGACUAAAAGCUGUCGUAAGUAAGGGAGAUCCGUAUCAAAAGUAUCGCCUCGUGGAGAAGGUCGGACAGGGGUGAGUGAUUGUUCUGGUCCAUAUCUUUUCAGUUGAUACACUUAGCAGUCGCCCGUGUGAAACUUCUUUUCGGAGACUGCGAAUUUGGACUACUUUGAAAUCGCGAUACUUAGAUGGAUGUACGAAUUUCCUCUUGAAUUUUUAGCGUAUGUAGUACAUGUGGCUGAAGGACGAAAUUCAGAGAUCCGAAUCCCAAGAAUGUUGCGGAUUUGGUAGUGAACUCCAAUCAAUUCUAUAUUUUGUAAUGCACUACUCAUAAGGUUGCUGAAAACUCCUCGAAUCCAAUCACUUCUGGCCCGAUCCCCCUCUUGUUUAUCAUGUUAGUACAUGAUUGAGAGUAGUAGGUCGGGUUUGAGCUCGUGAUGGACGAUUGGUCAAGG